AUGAACAGCAUGAACGCUCACUGCAACAUUGAGCACAAAGGCCAAGAGGUCGCGGAUUUGCAUCCCCUUGUUCAAGGAAUCUUGGCCAACGAUCGGUGGGAACAUGCUGACGAUGACACCGAUGCUGACAAGGCCACAACCUCUCCCCACGCUUGUGCCAGCAGGAAGAUUUCCCCACUCGCCGCUUUGAUUUUGAGCAAGGCGGAUCUUGGCUCUAUCAAAACCAUGUACAAACAGAAUCGCCAGGCAUUGACACCUGAACUGAUUCGCAACGCUUGCAGCAACGGCUUUUCUGCCAAUUUGGAGGCCCUCAUUGGCAGUGGCAAUGGCGACGAAAGCGACAGCGACAACGACAACGACGCCGAGGAAGACGCCGUGAACUCCCAUCCUAUCUUCGAAGCCUUGAAUUACCCCUGUUUUGGCAGGUGGGAGUUGGAAGAUAUUGAUGAGUCCCAAGGUCGCUUCUUCAGAGAUCUUGCCUGGCAAGAGUUGCAUCCACUGGAUUUCUUGAUAAUGUGCAAGGCAGACCUCAGGUCCAUCCAGUUCAUGUACGAGCUAUACCCACAGGCGCUAACAACGGCCCUACUAACAAACACUCUCAGACAUGGAUGUCAACCUGGGGUUGUCACUUUCCAGGCGGGGAAAGACCCUUCUACUGUUACUCAGUUGGAAGAUUGUGUCAUUUUGGCAAUGGAAAGGGACCAGACGCUCCUUAUCGGCCAUCCGAAAAAGAUAUCUGCAUGCUUUCAGACCUAA